UAUUUCUAUUUUGGCGAUAAAAUUUAGACCAAGUAAAGCUCCGAGAGAUUAAGUCAAAGCUAUUGACUGUUGCAAAUCCUUGGAAAUAUAAAGGACGGAAAAGAACUCACAGUUAGAUUCUUGAUAUAAACAAAAAUUGAUUUUGCCAUCUUUUUUUUUUUCUUCUAUCAAUGGCUGCUACUGCAGUUCUUCGAUCAAUCCCUAUUCUGAUGACAUUUCUUAUGUUGUUAGAGCAGUUUGCGCUAUCCCAUUCCCAAGUGGAAAACCAGUUCAUCUUCAAUGGCUUUAAUGGAGCCAACCUGCAUCACAAUGGGAUUGCUGAGAUUCAACCCAAUGGUCUAUUACAGCUAACCAACACUUCAAAGAGACAAAUCGGCCGUGCUUUCUUCCCUUUUCCCCUCAAGUUCAACAAAUCCUCAUCUAACAUCUCUGAUUCCCUUUCAUUUUCGACCAACUUUGUGUUUGCCAUUGUCCCAGAAGAGACCGAUCCUAUUGGUGGCCAUGGUAUUGCGUUCAUUAUUGCACCUACCAUGGAGCUGACAGGGGCUAUUUCAAACCAAUACUUGGGACUUUUUAAUUCUUCAAGCAAUGGCCUUUCUUCAAACCAUGUGUUUGCUAUAGAGCUAGACACAGUUCAAAGCCCUGAAUUUGGAGACAUCAACGGGGGUCAUGUUGGCAUUGACGUGAACAACUUGAGAUCUUUGGAAACAGCUUCGACAGCAUACUUCGUCGAAGAUGAAGGGCAAAAUAGAAGCUUGGAACUCUUAAAUGGAAAUCCAAUGCAGCUGUGGAUCGUCGAGGAAGUGGACAAGUUGCUGAAUGUAACACUAACUCCUAUGGGAAGCAACAAACCGAGCCAACUGCUUUUAUUAACAACCGUUGAUCUUUCUAAUGUUUUAUUGGAUUCUAUGUAUGUUGGUUUCUCUUCAUCGACUGGUGAAGUGGUUAGCAGCCAGUAUAUUCUGGGGUGGAGCUUCAGUAAAAUUGGGAAAGCUCAAAGCCUAGACUACUCAAAGCUUCCUUCACUUCCUCGGAGAAAAUUAAAGGCGAAUGGAGAUUUACAAAUUAUUAUCCCUGUAAUAGUUGUGAUUGCUUUGCUUGUGACAAUCUUUGGUGGUGCAUUUGCAUAUGUUGUAAGAAGGAAAACAUAUGAAGAGAUACGCGAAGACUGGGAAAAAGAAUAUAGCCCUCAAAGAUUUUCUUUCAAGGAUCUCUAUAAAGCAACAGAGGGUUUUAAAGAGAAAGAGCUACUAGGACGUGGGGGUUUCGGAAAGGUUUAUAGAGUAGUGUUACCGUCUUCAAGCCAACAAGUUGAAGUCAAGAGAAUCUCCCAUAAUUCAGAACAAGGAAUGAAGGAAUUUGUUUCAGAAAUUGUGAGCAUGGGAAGGUUAAGGCAUAGGAACUUGGUGCAGCUCCUCGGCUACUGCCGGCGAAAAGGAGAGCUUCUCUUGGUCAAUGAAUAUAUGCCUAAUGGAAGUCUAGACAAAUUCCUAUUUAACAAUUCAAAGCCAAACCUUAGUUGGGAUCAACGGUUUCAGAAUCUUAAAGGAGUAGCAUCUGCACUGCUUUACCUUCAUGAAGAGUGGGAGCAAGUUGUUCUUCACAGAGAUGUAUGUUCUUAAAUACCAAUUUAAGCCUUGAAACCAAAUUGAAAUAGCAAAAUAUAUGUUUAGUAUUUUUUUUCAAACACAAAAUAUUAAUUGUAAGAUCAUUUGAAUUUA